AUGGCGCACUGGGGCCAGUUCGCGCAAGGCGCCCAGGAAGCCGAAGCAUGGGCUUCGGUGCACGACGCCAACGCGCUGGGACCUGCCGGGACCGACACGGCCAUCGUGCCGUUCAACGACGAGUUUAUCGAGCGCGUGGUGUCGCGAUGCGCCUCUAGCCUUUCCGUGAAGUCGGGAAUUCUGUGCCAGGUCUGGUUGCCGACGAAGAGGGGCGACGGCACGAUCGUCCUGAGCACACAAGGCCAGCCAUUCAACAUACGAGGGAAGGGCGACCUUCUCGCGAUGUACCGGUGCUUCUCGUGCCGCUACACAUUCGCGUCGGACCCCUCCGUCGAAGCCCCGGAGGCAAACCUCCUCCUUGGCGCUCCAGGACGCGUGUUCACCGGGUUCAGGCCCGAGUUUACGCACAACGUGCAGCUCUACACCCCGGACAUGUACCCGCGCGUCGGCCACGCGCGCCAGUGCCGCAUCUUCAGCUCCGUGGUCCUGCCGAUCUUCGCGCUCGCGGGCACGGAGGGCCCCCCGCGCGCGUGCGGCGUCGUCGAGGCGCUCUCGAUGGACUGCGACGUGCCCAUCGGGGAGACGCUGGAGCGCAUGACGGACUCGCUGGCGUCGCUCGGGCUCGGCACGAGCACCAUCACGACGACGAUGAUGAACCGCACGCUCCACGGGCCGCGCCUGCUCGCCCCGGAGCCGCACGCGUCGGGCGCGAGCGGGCCCGUGUGCGGCACCAAGCGGCGCCGCCUCGUGGACGAGGAGGGCAGCGGCGCGUGGGCCCCGCAGCGCCCGCACGCGGGCGACGCCGCGCACCGGUCCGCGGACGCGGAGCAGCACCGCGCGGACAACCAGGGCAUCCUGGGGGGCGCGGCGCCGCCGGCGACGCAGGGCGCGUUCGGCGGGAGCCAGCACUGCCCGCCCGGCGCGUACGCGCAGCGCCGCCGCAACACGGCCGACUCGUACCCCGGCAGCGUCUGGCACGACCCGCCCUCGCACGCCCCGCCCGGGGUGUCGGCGCACGGCUCGGCGCUGUACGGGCCCAACGGGUCGCUGCACGCGGGCGGCAGCGGGCGCCCGGCGCCGCACGCGAUGCACACGGGCACGCCCGCACAGCGCGCCACGACGUACUACCCGCUGCGCACCAGCAACGGCGCGCGCGCGAGCGGCGGCGGCAACACGGGCCACAUCGUCGUCGUCGCGCCGCGGCCCGCGCAGACGCGCGCCCCGCCGCCGGCCCCCGCCCCCCUCGACAUCCCGCGGCCCUCCAGCCCCCGCGGCGCCCAGCAGGCCGGGAGGAGCCCCGGCGCGAGCAUGCCGUCGCUCCUCGACUCGGACUUCCAGCUCCCGUCGUCCUUCGUCGGGGACGCGUCGAUCCAGCUCGCCAGCGAGCACGCGAACUUCGCGGAGCAGCAGCAGCAGCAGCAGCAGCAGUCGCAGCCGCAGCGGGAGCCGCCGGCGCACCAGGAUGGCGGCGCGUGGCAGGCCGCCAUGCCCGUCGACGAGGCCUCCGCGCGACUGUUCCCCGGCCAGGACGGGAUGGAGCUCGGCGACGACGGGCUGCGAGAGGACGGGGCCGCGAGGGACUUUGCGGGAGAGGAGGGGGAGUGCGCGGAGGCGGACAACGCCGAGGCGGACGCGCACGUCGGCAAGCGCCUGACGCUGGCGGACAUCGAGCCGCAGUUCAGCGUGGGGCUCAAGGAGGCCGCGCGGAGGCUGCAGGUGUCGGUGACGACGCUGAAGCGCGCGUGCCGGCGGCUGGGCGUGCCGCGGUGGCCGCGGCGCACCAUCCAGAAGCUCUCGCGCCGCGGGGAGGCCGCCGACACGGUCGAGGUCGCGCUCGGGCGGCACCCGCAGUCGUGCCCGUCGUCGCGGCGCGCCUACGAGUCGCGCGCGGUCGCCGGCGCCGGCAAGGCGACCCCGCGCACCACGGCGGGCGAGCACCACGGGUCGCAGCACGGGUCGGCCGCCGGGACGGACAUCGUGCCGCCCAGCAGCGAGACCGGCCGCCAGCGCGCGAGCGGGCUCGCGCGCGUGUCGUGGCCGCGCAUGGGCGGCGGCGCCGACGGCAUGGACGCCACUGCGCAGACAGCGUACGGGUCGGUCGACACACGGCACGGACACUUCCCUGUGUCCGGCGCGGGCGCGGACGCCGGGGCGGCCGGAAGCGCCGGCAACAGCUCCGGCGACGCCUCGGCCCUGCCAGCCGCCGACACCGGCGUCGCGGGCCCCAGCGCGGGCAGCCCUGGCGACGCCAGCCUCGAAGGCUUCCUCGACGACUUCUCCCCGGAGGCGCUCGAGAUGUGCGCGGGGCUCGGCUUCUCGCCGCUCAUGACGGUGGAGCCGUCCUGA